AUGGCGCGGGCCGCCACGCCGGGGCUCCGGCUCGCGCUCGGGCUGGCGCUGCUGCUGGCGCGGCCGCCGUCGGGCUGCGCGGGGGCCCCCGAGGCGCGGGAGCCCGCGGCGCCCGGCACGGCGGCCCCGGUCGGCGGCGACCGCUGCCGCGGCUACUACGACGUGAUGGGCCAGUGGGACCCGCCCUUCAACUGCAGCUCGGGCGCCUACAGCUUCUGCUGCGGCACGUGCGGCUACCGCUUCUGCUGCCACGACGGGCCGCGGCGCCUGGACCAGAGCCGCUGCUCCAACUACGACACGCCCGCCUGGGUGCAGACCGGCCGGCCGCCGGCCCGCGCGCGCGACGCCGCGGCGCCCCGCGACCCGGCCCGCGAGCGCAGCCACACGGCCGUCUACGCGGUGUGCGGCGUCGCCGCGCUGCUCGUGCUGGUCGGCAUCGCCGCGCGCCUGGGCCUGGAGCGGGCGCACAGCCCUCGCGCGCGGCGCACCGUGACCAGGACACUGACAGAACUCCUGAAGCAGCCAGGCCCCCAGGAGCCACUGCCUCCACCUCUGGGCCCACCUCUGGGUAGCUGUGUCCAGGUGCAGAUGGGGGACGGCCUGCCCCGGAGCUCCGCCCAUGACAGCACAGACAAGAACCGCCUCAACAACGCGCCCCUGGGGUCCGCCACCCCGGGGCCCCCGCGCGGCCCCCGGCUGCAGGGCGGCGGCGUGGCGCUGCAGCCCGACUACGCUAAAAUCGCCGCGCUCAAGGCCGCAGAGGCCGCCCCCCAGGACUUCUACCCGCGUUUUCCCGCUACCGAGCAGGCCCCGCGGACCCUCCCGGCGCGGGCCCCGCGGCCUCCCGAGGACCUGCCCGCCCGGCUCGACGCCUGCCCCUGGGCCCCGCCCGGCUACGCGCCUCCCGCCGGCCCCGCUCCGUCGGGCCCCUACGCGGCCUGGACCGCGGGCCGCGUCCGGCCCAGCGCGCGGGGCCACCUGGCCGUGCAGGCCUCCCCAGCGGCCCGGCGGCCCGGCCACGCUCCCCGGCGCCAGUUCAGCGUGGAGAAGCUGCCCGAGGCCUUCAGCCCCCAGCCUCCCGGCCUUUACGGCAGCGCGAGCCGCGGCCCGCGGCACCUGAGCACCAACAGCAAAGCCGAGGUCACCGUGUGAAGCCCGGGGAGGGGCGUCGCCCGAGCCCUCUCGUGUCCGGCCCGGGGCAGGCCCCCGAGGAGCAGAGCCUGUUGGGGCUCCGCUGACCGCCUAAACUGGGCUGGUGGCCUUGGAGCCUGCGGGGCUGAGAAGGGGCUCACCGGGUGAGGCCCGAGGCUCUGUCCGUGGGGCCGGGGCCCGGUUCCGGUGUAAAUAAAGCCUCGAAUGUGGUUCCCGACCCUGAAAUAAAGGAGCCCCAGCUUGGCCUG